AAAUCAGAUCAGCAUCCUAAUCAUCUGCACUUGAUUAAUCCCAAAAUUGAAUGGCGUUAACGAACUUUAUACUGACGGUGGUGGGAGUAAGCGCCGUUGUUUUACUGAUGAGAAGCGACGUCAAACAGUCAGCCUCCAUCUUCAAGCGUAACGUCCGUCAAAUUCGACACUGGCUCGAAGAAGAAUCCGCUUCCGCCGCUAAGGAAAUUGAGAAGGCAAAGCCAAAGGAGAUACCUAAGAAGGACAUCCCCAAGGAGGACAAGCAUUAGACUUGAGUUGUGUUGAAAUUCUUAUCGGAAGCUGCACAAUUUCCCAUCUGAUGUUUCACAUUUUGGUCCGUAACAUAUUUUACAAUGACUAAUUUAGGCUUCCCAUUUACUAUAUCGUUUUGUAGCCCCUUAACUAGUUGCCAUUUUAUGGUUUUCAAGGUUAUGACAUCAUAAACGUUGGUGUAUGUAUCCUGUUAAAUAUACUUUCAUUCUAGUAUAUACUAAAGUGUCGAUUAUGCUUUAAUAUAAA